GUCACAAAGAAAUGAGGCUAUAAAUACACGUCAAGCCACGGAGGCUGCAGCUCUUCAGCACAGCUGGGCUUCACUGGAACACCACAGAGGGCACCUCUGCACAUUUCACCGACUAACUAGAGAGCGCUUGCCUCCCUUAACGGAUUAAGGCAGGACCUCUUUCCCGGCAUCCAAUAUGAGUCGUGUGGAAGAAUGGGUUCUGGAGAACAAGGACAAGAUUGAAAAGGGAGUGGAAAUCAUGAGCCAAGGCUGUGAGAUCCUGGCAGCCACUGUAGGCCAGUUCCAUCCCAUCCUGGAGGCAGUUUUUGUGGCCUCAGCUGAGCUCCUUAGCAACCCAGAGGGCAACGAGGCGAAGUAUCUCGCCGAGCAGUUUGAAAGGGUCAACCAGAAGUUGGAAGGGAUCCAGGAUGAGGUUGAAAAAAUCGCUCUGGAGCUGCAGAGAACAUCAUUGAACAAGCAAAACUUUGACCGUGAAGCACAGAUGAUCAGUCAGUAUGAAAAGUUUCAAGAGUUUGUCAUCGCCAAACCCAAGUUCAAGGAGAAGAAGAAGGAGAAGUUUCUGAGCCACUUUGAGAACACUGACCGUGACGUGAACCUUGAUGCCUUGUACAACUCCUUCAUUGGAGAGAACACCUCCGGAGAUGCAAUGAUGGACACGAUACUGGUCACCGAGCAGCGGAGCAGGAGGGCAGUGGAGGAAUUCUGUGCUCGCCUGAAGAAGCUGUUCGUGGUUGGGAUCAUAGCAGUGAUGGGCUACACUGCACUAAAGGAAGGCACCGUUGGACAGGAUAUGGUGAAGAAAUGGCAAGACCGCAUGGAGGACGUGGAGAAGCGAAUGAAGGCGGCAGUGGAUGAAUGUGUGAACAACUUUCCUGCACAAGCCAAGAUGGAUGUAGAAAACAAGCUCACAGAAAGGCAGAGCCAUGUCGAUCCUGAGUUUACUAAAUUCCUACUGGAUGCCCUUGUCAAGAAGUAUGACUGGGUCUGCUGGUCAGUUAGGGUCUUUAAUCAUGGUGGCAUUUUUUUCUGGAAUUGGCUGGCUGGCAAGCGGUACCAUGGAAGUGGAGGAGGUAUCAAUUAUUUUGACCUUUUGACCAAAAACAAAAUAAGGAUUGUGGUGUCUUUCACCGCGAACCCUAAACCACUCAACAAGGUCGAAAUAAAGGAUCAAAUAGAGAACGAGAGGCUGAAAGGUGACAUGAUAUCUGUGGCUGAGUCUUUGUGCAAGACUCUUCCCAACUGCCUUGUGCAUGCUGUCAGUCGCUAUAAGAGAGUUGAGGAAGUCAACAAUUUUGACCCUGAGUGCUAUUAUUAUGCGGUUCACAAAAGAGCACACCUCUGUAUCCACUCAGAAUAGUGAACUUUUGAUCAAACUAAAUAUAUCGAAGGCAAUCAGUCUAUAUAUAUAUAUAUAUAUAUAUAUAUAUAUAUAUAUAUAUAUAUAUAUAUAUAUAUAUAUAUAUAUAUAUAUAUAUAUAUAUUUUUUUUUUUUAUUUUUUUUUUUCAGUAAUUGUGGUCUUAACACUACACAAUACAAUGAUAUGACGGCAAGUCUGCCAGGACGUCCAGUUCCUUUAUUUUAUUUUAUUUUGUGGCUUCUUAUUCUCUGUAACGGUAAAAGCGCAUAUGUGACUACCUUAAAAAAAGAUGUAUGAAUUUAGCCAAACAUGUUUAAUCAAAAGAAUUAUGCAUAUACCUUGUGUCUGAGCACUUUUGUAUUCUGUAGAUCACAUUUAAGGCAAAAUGUUAGUGUGUUUAUGCUCUAGAAUAUGCUGGUAGACUCAUUAGUAAUGAUGAACCUCACCAUUUGAUCAAUUACAUUAAAACAUAUUCAAACUCA